GUCACUUCUUGUUGGUCGUACUAUUUUGCCGUGAAACCAAAAUGCUGGAUAUAAUUCUUCUAUUUCAUUUGUUAUGCUCGUGUAUCAUAGAAGUAAUGGGUAAGAAUACGGUGCCUGUAUUGACGUUAAAUCCGAAGAAAGUGUUGAGUAACAAAACAACUAGAGAAUUGAAAUACCUUCCCUUCAUAAUGCUGGUGGAAAGGGACAAAGAUACAAGUGAAUACUGGCGGGAGACGGAAAUUCUUGAACUGGUCCGUACCAAUGAGCUGGAUGUGGACUAUAAGACAUGCGAAGCCAGUCCUCUAAGUAGUGUCGUCAGCAUACCCAGUGCUAGAACUGUUAGGCCAGUCUGUAGGAGUACUUACGACUAUCAAAUAUGUCCGCAAUGUCCACAUUUCAACAAUAAUACCGAAUGUGAGCUGUUUAGAGAUUCAUGCAAGGAAAGAAGAGUACAAGAGAAAGAGUACAGAACAUACUGUGAUAGGAAAUACGGAAAAUGGCGAGCGAUGUUCGUUCCCUCUGACUAUUCCCAGUGCAGAUGCUGUGACGAAUGCAUUUUCUAUAGAGAGCUAGACCAGUCAUGCCUUGAAGAUGAGUACAAUUUUGACACCGAAGAGUUUCUACCGGUCACGUCGAUAGAUUUCAGGGCUGGUUGCAAUCCAUACUGGGGCCAUCCGGAGCAAGAACUUCGGGCGUUGCGUUGUGAUAAAACCUUGAGGCGAUGUAUACCUGUGGCAGUUCCAUCGUUGCCAAAUGAAACACUAAGUUUCAGUCGUAAAAGCUAUCGGUACGAGCCACCGAGCAGUGACAGAGAUUGUCCGGUCUCUUGUCGCGGCUACCAGUGCAAAGAUGGCCUGGUGCAGGAAAGUCAUUGCCCUGCCGGCGCUUUCCUGCCCGAUAAGGAGGAGUGUAACUGCUGCGGAAGGUGCAGCUUUUAUCAACAACUGAACCAGAAAUGUGCGGAGUUCAAAAAGACAAUACACGAAGUCAACGGAAGUAAAGAGAUUGAGGUCGAAGAAGAGUUCUUGGAGCCCGGCUGUGACGAUGGAUUAGUUUGCAGGCAGGGCCAGUGUCAGGAUAUCCACACCGUGCAGACUACUUUUAACGGACGAAGGAAACGGAAUGAUGAAUUUGGUCAACCUAAUGAGCCAUGCAAACUAGAAAUGAAGUAUUUCAAGAAGAAGUUCGGAGUCGACGGCCACUUGCAUUACGAAGCUCCACAGUGCACUCCUUUAUGGCUCUAUGCUGCUGUUCAGUGUCGACGUUUUGUAUGCUACUGCGCCCUUGAGGACGGUACUAUGAUCGAAGGGAUCAAGGUUCCGAGAGUUGAGGUCUCCAACAUGAAUUGCGACUGCGCCCGAGAAAAAUGCCGCACUGGUGCCGAUUUAGAUUGUGAUGGCUUCGGAAACUACAAGGAGGUUGAGUUCGUGCACCACAUCGAGGAGUGGGCUCAAAUUGAGGAAAAUGAUACCUACGAUCAAUCCAUAACAGAGUCCAGCAAAGAGGAUAAUAGAAGCGUAGAAUGAGGAUCAUGACUUUGAAAAAAUGUUUUUUUGUUUGUUUUUAACAAUAUACUUUAUUGUCAAUCAUGAUUGAAUAUAAAAAUUUCGGGUUCUGUGAUAA